AUGGGGGUAGACUGCUACUGGAAUCCAGAAACGUUUUGGACAACCACAGGAAUGUUUCCCCAGGAAUUUAUUAUUUUUUUUCACAAACAUGUGAAGAUUGAAAGGUUUAUAAUCCAAAGUUACUUCGUGCGGACCUUAAAGAUCGAAAAGACCACAGCUAAAGAUCCAGUUGAUUUUGAACAGUGGAUUGAAAAAGACUUUGUACACACAGAGGGGCAGCUUCAAACUGAAGAAAUUUUGGUAAACGAUGGCUACGCCACUUACUUGAGAUUUAUUAUUGUUUCGGCCUUUGAUCAUUUUGCAUCCGUGCACUGCAUUUCUGCAGAGGGAACAGUAAUCUCAGAAGUUAUUUGAUUUCCUUGCAUGAUUUUUUAACAAUAUAUUUAUUUAAAC